UUGCAGUGCCUGUAUUCAAUUUUUAUUUAUUAUUUUUUUUAUAUUUUUCGUAAUCGCAGACGGCGGAGAAACGCACUUUUUGCAGCAGGGGCUGCUGUUUACACAACAGUUUUGAGGUUUCUUGGCGGUUUGGAUCCUUCUUCUGUCGUUUGAACGGGAGCCGGCGGAUAUGAGUGGUCCAGAGGUUGCGAAGACGCCGGGGGGCAGCAGCGCCCCAGGGAAGGAUGGGAAGGAGCCGGUGGCCAAUGGGCACGGGGAGAGCGAGCCCAAUCCAUUCGCAGAGUAUAUGUGGAUGGAGAACGAGGAGGAGUACAACCGACAGGUGGAAGAGGAGCUGUUGGAGCAGGAGUUCCUGGAACGCUGUUUCCAGGAGAUGCUAGACGAGGAGGAUCAGGAUUGGUUCAUUCCAGCAAGGGACCUCCCCUCGGGGGUGGGGCAGAUACAGCAGCAGCUCAACGGGCUGUCCGUCAACGACUGCAACACCGAUGACAUCGUGCGCAAAAGCAGCUUAAACCCAGAGGCAAAGGAGUUUGUCCCGGGCGUGAAAUAUUAGGGUCCCACCCCCACCAGGGGGCACCCUCACAGAGACUCUGGUGAUCGUCACUAUGGCGGUCAUACCUGCACUCGGGACAGGGGCGUGUGGGAGACACGGCGAGGGAAAAACAACAACGACAAAAAAAACUCUUCGAUAAGCUUUUUAUUUCCGUUUGUUUCAAGUGUAAACUGGGAGGGUGGUGGGGAGGGGGGGGGCGGGCAGGCACCAUGUUCUGUCGGACACAAGAGAUAUAGCAUCAUACUCUGUGUAGAGCCUUUUUUUCUUUGUUUUGUUUUCUCCUCUUUUCAAUUAAAAGGGCCGAUCACGUGAGUUCUUGUGGCUAGCAGUAUGUCCCUGAUCAGGUUGUAUCUUUCUCCCCGUUUUUGUUUUGCGUCUUUAGGACAGUGGUGUUCACUGCUGGGGAGGGAGGGGGGAGGAGAAGGGUUUGGUUACCAAACAUGACGGACGCAUACACACCUACUUGCACGCACGCACGCACGCACACUCACAGACACGUACGUACACACACACAUGCACACAUACAAAUACACAAACACAAACGCUCACAUGCGCGCACACACAUGGGUCAGACAGUCGAUCUUGCUAAAUCCAUAGGAAAAGCCUGCGGGGGAUUUACACAGAAAUCUUUUUUUUUUUUUUUUUUUUGAAAGUCAGGAUACUGACAUAAAGUACGAAUUUCAUUAAAAAAAGGAAGAAAAAAAGACAAAUAAAGAUAAAAAUGGGUACCCUUUGGACCAUCACUUGUG